AUGAAGUUACACCAGAUUCAUAGCAUUGGUGCAGGCCUGCGGAAUGUAGGAAACACAUGCUUCCUGAAUUCAGUCUUGCAAUGCCUCACCUACACGCCUCCGUUGGUUAAUUAGAUGACGCUCGAGCACUCCACAACAUGUGUAGAGUCAGGGUUCUGCAUGAUGCGCAUCAUUCAAAACCACAUCGAUGAGGUGUUCAUUAACGCUGGUGGCGCCAUUGUGCCGACCGGGGUCCUCAGAGAGCUCAAUACAAUUGCAGAGCACUUCUGUUUUGGAAACCAGGAAGAUGCGCACGAGUUCCUGAGGUACACGGUGAAUGCGAUGCAGAAUUCUUGUUCGUCUGCAGUCCAAUUGGACAGCGACAAGCCGGAAACCAGUUCAAUCCACCAAAUAUUUGGCGGCUGCUUGAGGUCCAGAGUGAAUUGUUUAAACUGCAACGCGACCUCAGACAACUUCGAGCCUUUUCUGGACAUUGCUCUGGAUAUCGAGGGCGUUUCCAGCGUCUCCAAAGCUCUGGAAAGAUUCGUCACUCCAGAGGAACUCAGCGGUGAGAAUGCCUACAGAUGCUCCAACUACAACAUGGUCACUGCCACAAAGUGCCUCUCAGUACACCAGGAGUCCAACGUGCUCACCAUCGCACUCAAGCGAUUUCACUAUGAUGGAACAAAAAUCACAAGGAAAGUGAAGUAUCCAGAGAACCUCGACUUGAGACCGUUUAUGUCUGAGUCUGAAGGGGAGCCCCUGGGCUACAAGCUGUAUGCUGUGCUGGUUCAUCGGGACGCAAAGUUGUGGACCUACUACUGCUACGUGAAGGCAAGCGACAGCAAGUGGUAUCAUAUGGACGAUGAGAAGGUGUCCAUCAGUGACAUUGAGACGGUCCUCAAACAAGAGGCGUACGUCCUUUUCUACAUCAAGUCCACUGAUGAGAGGACAGAUGCGCAGAGAGCUGACUGA